AUGAAUUCCAUACCGAAACCUGCCCCUGGGUCCGAAACAUCUGGGAGGGAGGAUUUUGCUGUGGGGGAUAAGGAUGCUGUGGUUAUUGUUGAUCAUGGGUCAAGACGCCAAGAGUCCAAUCUCUUGCUAAAUGACUUUGUUGAGAUGUUCCGGGCGAAGACUAGCUAUAGGAUUGUUGAGCCUGCUCAUAUGGAGCUAGCGGAGCCUACUAUAAAGGAUGCAUUUGGAAAAUGUGUGCAACAAGGAGCAUCCCGAGUUAUUGUUAGUCCAUAUUUCCUUUCCCCUGGACGACACUGGAAGCAAGACAUUCCUGCUUUAGCAGCAGAGGCAUCAAAGGAGCACUCAAAUAUACCCUAUAUUGUCACUGCCCCUCUUGGGCUGCAUGAGCUUAUGGUGGAUAUCAUGAAUGAUCGCAUCAAGUACUGCCUGCGACAUGUUGCGGGUGAUGUCGAUGAGUGUACAAUAUGUGCUGGAACUGGAAAGUGCCGCCUGUACUCCUGA